AUGAACAUGUUGGACGUAGAAUACGACAGCUUUCACGUCACACGUGAAGGCUACUCCCACCUGAGUGACUCGGAAUGGGAGGUAGUCGGCCGCAUGAGUGUGCUUAUGGGCGAAACCGCCAUCAGUGGCAUGUUGGAGUCUCUAAGCAGAUACCAGCAACAUGCUGCUAUCAACAAGUUCCUACAAGGGAACUUGCCGUCGGAAGACAGAACAUAG